AUGUUUCCCAUCGAAAAGACCAACCGUCCCAUCGUCAUCUCCGGGCCCUCUGGCUCUGGCAAAUCGACCCACUUGAACCGUUUGCUCAAAGACUACCCUGAUCGCUUCGGUUUCUCCAUCUCUCACACUACCCGCCAACCCAGAGGCUCCGAGCAGAAUGGUGUCGAGUACCACUUUGUUACCAAGGAGGACUUUUUGAGCCUGGUCGACCAGGGAGGCUUCAUCGAGCACGCCCAAUUCGGCAGCAACUACUACGGCACCAGCGUCCAGGCUGUCAAGGACGUCGCCCAGAAGGACCGCACCUGCAUCCUGGACAUUGAGAUGGAGGGUGUCAAGCAAGUAAAGAAGACCAACCUCAACGCCCGCUACCUCUCCCUCCAACCGCCAUCCCUCGACAUCCUCGAGUCACGUCUUCGUGGCCGUGCUACCGACACUGAGGACGCCAUCACCCAGCGCCUUGCACAGGCCAAGAACGAGCUCGAGUUCGCAAAGACUCCUGGUGUCUUUGACAAGGUCAUCAUCAACGACGACCUCGAGAAGGCCUGGUCAGAGUUCAAGGCUUUCUGUGUGUCCGACGAGUAG